CCGGCACGCUUUACAGUUGGAGUGGAGGAGGGCGGUGUGUUUCCACCGGGGACAGUCCCGUUGAGUGGAGCCACAGCACGGACGGACAUUUUCAUCCUGUAGCGAAACAAAUAAAGCCAAAUAAAAAGAAGAAGAGCAGAAGAAAGUUAACGAGUCUUUCUUGUUUUAGGUCAAAGUUCAACAGUCAACAUGGCGGACGAAUCAGACAUGCGCAAUGAGCUGGCCGACCUGCAGACACGCGCAGACCAGAUAGCCGAUGAGUCUCUGGAGAGCACUCGGCGUAUGCUGGCUCUGGUCGAGGAGAGUAAAGAUGCUGGCAUCAGGACUCUGGUCAUGUUGGAUGAGCAGGGAGAACAACUGGAGCGCAUCGAGGAGGGGAUGGACCAAAUCAAUAAGGACAUGAAGGAUGCAGAAAAGAAUUUGAACAAUCUAGGACAGUUCUGUGGUCUUUGUUCAUGUCCCUGUAACAAGAUUAAGGGCGGGGGCCAGGCCUGGGGAGGGAACCAGGAUGGAGUGGUGAACAGCCAGCCGGGGGCUCGAGUGGUGGACGAACGUGAACAGAUGGCCAUCAGUGGGGGCUUCAUCCGCAGGGUAACAGAUGAUGCCAGAGAGAAUGAGAUGGAUGAGAACCUGGAGCAGGUGGGAGGGAUCAUUGGCAAUCUGCGUCACAUGGCCCUGGACAUGGGCCAGGAGAUCGACACCCAGAACCGCCAGGUCGAUAGGAUCAUGGAGAAGGCUGAUUCCAACAAGACCAGGAUUGACGAGGCCAACCAGCGUGCUACAAAGAUGUUGGGCAGUGGCUAAACUGCAGCGAAAAGUGCUUUCAUCCCUGUGUAACCCCAAUCACCCUAAACACCAACCAAACCCAGCCCCCAACACCAACGCCCAGCGCCCACUUCCUAUGCUCAACAGCAGGCGCUGCAAAAUCAUGCUUUUACUGUGAUACUUGUAGAGGUUUGCACACAUACACAUAACAUACAUUCCUCUGCCCCCCUCUCAAUCAUGCCCAUCCCUUCCCUCCCCUUAUUGUCAAUGUUGUCCUGUGUUGUCGUUUUUUUGAUUUUGUUAAGAAAUAAUAGUUCUGUUACACAUCGCCCACUCAAACUCUCUCCACACUGUACAUAGUGCUUCUUAAAUGGCUUCAUUGAUUUAGAUCAUUUGUCCUGUUUUCUUCAUCACACUUUUUUUUUUUUUUUUUAAGUCUGUGUGUAAUAUAAACUGUAUGUACACCUUGCUCCAAGAUGUCCUUCCCUCAUGUCAGUAUUCUGGUGUUGUCCAUGUAAGACACUUUGUAUUUAACAGUUAAGAUGUUGUGAUGCUACAUGAUAAGGCCACAGUGAUUUGCCGUGAAUAUAUUGAACAUACAGCCCUCACAGCUUGUAACCAAGGCCACUGUUUAAAUACAAAGUCAUUUAAUGUAGAUGUGGAGCCACUCAGAUCUUAAUAACACAGCAGACAACGGAUACUCAUUUAAGUAUUUGAGCCAUUUGGAUGAAAACACAGCUUUUUGUUCCUGACUGUUAGUGCAACAGUAUUUUACCAACUCUAUUGAUGGAGCUGUGUUAACGCUAAUUUGAUGCUAUUGAUUGUAUAGUGUAUAACUUUUCCUCAGGGAGCUAAAUCUGACCUUUCAAAAGCAAGGGUUGACUAUUCAAUUGGUUUGUCAUAAUAAAUAAAAACUGUAUCAUAAGGCUCAGCGUAUAUGCAAAUAUUUGCAUUUGUUUGUGGUCUGAACAGCACUGUUGAUGGGACUCUUUUUUUCACCAUCAGAAAAAUAUUGGGCAUUAACCAUAAUAGGUAACAUUGUGACUGAUAAUGAAAGGAGAUGGAGCUUUGCUAGAGGUUAAGAGUUCAACAGCAAUCAGUUCAGCUGUUAUCAACCUCUUCACAUACCAGGCUAGACUGCUUUACCCAUGAUUCAACCCUAGCAACAUCAAGUAGCGCAUUAAGUGUGUUAUGCAUGUCCAUACGCUGCUAGAAGACACUGAAUAAUUCAUUUAUCCAGGGAAAAAUAUCUUAACAUGGCAACCGCAUGCUACAUAUGUAGGCGACACAGAGGAGAGGGCCAUAUUUAUCUGCAAUAGUGCCACUCUUUUUGUUUCAUGCCUCUUUACCUUUCCAGACUGCGACCAUCACUGUAAAUGAAUACCUUGGAAAAUGCCAAUAAAACCAUCAUAACUGUAGAACCAAA